GACCGGGGUAGCGGAGUUGCUGAUUGAACAUGGCGCUGAUGUGGAGGCGAAGCACAGCGAUGGCGGGACCGCACUCCAUGUGGCCAGCUUGAACGAGAACACCGGGGUAGCGGAGCUGCUGAUUAAACAUGGCGCUGAUGUGAAGGCGAGGGACAAGAAUGGCUGCACCGCACUCCAUGUAUAUGGGGCCAGUUUGAACGAGAACACUGGGUUAGUGAAGCUGCUGAUUGAACAUGGCGCUGAUGUGGAGGCGAGGGACAACUAUGGCCGGACCGCUCUCCAUAUGGCCAGCUGUGAAGGGAACACUGGGGUAGCGGAGUUGCUGAUUGAACAUGGCGCUGAUGUGGAGGCGAAGCGCAGCAAUGGCUGCACCGCACUCCAUCUGGCCAGCUUUACCGGGAAGACCGGGGUAGCGGAGUUGCUGAUUGAACAUGGCGCUGAUGUGGAGGCGAAGCACAGCGAUGGCGGGACCGCACUCCAUGUGGCCAGCUUGAACGAGAACACCGGGGUAGCGGAGCUGCUGAUUAAACAUGGCGCUGAUGUGAAGACGAGGGACAACUAUGGCCGGACCGCUCUCCAUAUGGCCAGCUGUGAAGGGAACACUGGGGUAGCGGAGUUGCUGAUUGAACAUGGCGCUGAUGUGGAGGCGAAGCACAGCGAUGGCCAGACCGCACUCUAUGUGGCCAGCGAGCACGGAAACAUGGGGGUAGUGGAGCUGCUAAUUAAGCAUGGCGCUGAUGUGAAAACGAGGGACAACCUUGGGAGGAAGCCACUGGACUACGUACAUGACCAAAAUAGACGGCGUUCCUUAAAGAAUCUGGCUACUGAUGUUUCCUACCACAAACUGAUGAAACAGUCCGGUGGGGAGAAACUCGACAGUUUUAAACUGUGCCUCUGUGGACCACAGGAAGCUGGAAAAUCUACUCUAAUGGAAAGUCUGCAAACGGGGUUUUUCUUCGCUUUGGUCCGGGAUCGAAGGACUCCAGACAAUCAGCCACACGAGCCCACCCCAGGUGUGAAUGUGGGAACAACCAACAUCCCCGGUGUAGGGCAGGUCAGUGUGUGGGACUUCGCUGGACAGUCAGAGUACGCGGUAACCCACAGCAUGUUCAUGGAUGCAGAGAACACCAUCUUCAUUGUGCUGUACAACAUCAUGGACGAGACAAGCAAACAGAAGAGAGAGGUCCACUGGUGGCUGUGUUUCAUCAAGUCCUGCAACACUAAGAGAAAGCCUCACGUGAUCCUAGUAGCCAGUCGCGCAGACCAGACUGACAAAGGACAUCAACAAGCAUCUGCCAUCCUUGAACUGAUGACGUCAGAGUUCAAGGAUCACAUGAACAUCUCAGACGAAGUGUUCCUACUUGACUGCAGAAAGACUCGUCAAACUGACAUGAGGCGUCUUAAAGACCUGCUGACAAGACUGAAGACACAGCUUCUAGCACAUCAGCGAGCCAUACCCAAGCUGUGUGCUGAGAUCAUGAAGUGCCUGCCAAAAUGGGCCAAGGAGAAGUGCAGCCCGAAGUGUCCUGUCUUGAAAUGGCCAGAAUAUAAGGAGGCGGCGAAGGAGAUCGAUCGCUUGAUCGAUGAGGAUUUUCUGAAGACGUAUUCACAGUACUUGGAUCACCUGGGUGAGAUAUUGUUUGUCUCGCCGCCAAAUGCUGACCCCAUCAUUGUACUGAAGCCCAACUGGCUCUGCACGGAUGUCUUCGGCAAAGUCAUGGCACCAGAAAACUUUCCCAUCCAACGUCUAACAACCAUCUACGACGUCGUGACGAAAGAGGAAAUCCAGAGAGUGUUCCAAGAUGUCGCCAACGUCGAUCUGCUAAUCACCCUGCUGCAAGAGUUCCAGCUCUGCCACACUUAUGACGGACAAGAGUUCAUCAUCCCCGGGCUGCUGACACAGACCAUGCCUCCAGAGAAGUGGCAGCCGACCGCAAACCCCGCCAAGACCGUGUACUUCGGCAAGCAAGUCCAGUGUGCCGACACGACCGACAUGUUCUCCUCCGCGUUCUUCCCCCGUGUGCAGACCCGCCUGAUGAGGGAACUGAAGAAUCGCCCGCUACUGUGGAGAGACGGAGCCAAAUGCUUCGACACCAACGUGGAAAGCCUCAUCAAGCUCUCCCCAGGAGGCCGUGCCGUCAACAUGUGCGUACGAAGCGAGCAGGACGACAAGCCGAGCUGCCGGCAGAUGCUCGAGAAGAUUGAGAGCAUCCUGACCAACGUGCUCGACGAAUGCAGCCCAGGCACCAAUACCGAGGAGAGGGUGCUCAGCGCUCGUGCACUGAGGGAACACAGAGAGGAAACCUAUUCAUACAGCAUGGAUCAGAUCAACAAGGCCAAAGCAGAGGACGGCAUCGUCCAUCACGACAUCCUCGGCUUCUCAGAAAACAUCGAUGACCUCCUGUAUGGCGGAAGAGACGACGAUGAAGAGCAGCAAGGAGCUGUCGGAAAUUCGGUCCAACAGACGUUCGAAUUCGUGUCCGGGACUGGUAACGUUGUCAUCAGAGCAGGUGAUCACGCUCACUUCGACAUGGCAAGAAUCAUGCAAGGUAACCUGGGGCAGCUACAGCUGGAGGAGACUGUCCCUGGCGACAUGGGACAGCUACAGUUGGGGGAGACUGUCCCUGGCGACCCGGGACAGCUACAGUUGGGGGAGAAUGUCCCUGGUGACAUGGGACAGCUACAGUUGGGGGAGACUGUUCCUGGCGACCCGGGACAGCUACAGUUGGGGGAGAAUGUCCCCGGUGACAUGGGACAGCUACAGUUGGGGGAGGAGACUGUCCCUGGCGACAUGGGACAGCUACAGUUGAGGGAGAAUGUCCCUGGCGACAUGGGACAGCUACAGUUGGGGGAGAAUGUCCCUGGCGACCCGGGACAGCUACAGUUGGAGGAGACUGUCCCUGGCGACCUGGGACAGCUACAGUUGGAGGAGACUGUCCCUGGCGACCCGGGACAGCUACAGUUGGAGGAGACUGUCCCUGGCGACCUGGGACAGCUACAGUUGGAAGAAAACGCUCCUAGUGACCUGGAACAGCUACAGUAGACAGAACAUUGUACAGCUUGAGUAGGAAGUGCCUUCUAACAGCUAUAUUUCAAAGACAAUCUGUCUGAUGUUGACAUUAAAAUUCUUUUCCCUGGAAUGAGACAUACGUGUUCCCAUCGCCCGACAUGUAUGGGAUUCGCAACACCAUCCGAUUGAAAUGUCUCAUUGCCAAAUU